UCAGUGGUCACGUGAUAAGUUCGGAUUGUUCACGAAAGUUCUAGUACUCUCUUUGAAGGUAUUUAUAGGGAGAUAAGCGGAAUUGCGUAGGCAUAAGUCAUAUAGUAUCGUCAGGAUAUGUUAAUUUGUUUCACGAGAGCAUAGUGGAAGUAGUUAUUGAAUAAGUAAAGUACUUUAUUGAGCAAAAGUAACGCAAAUAAGUGAUUUUGAUAUACUAGUGCUAACGAUAUUUGUGGAAUAUCAAUUUUUCGUGCAUUUGGACAGUUUGAUUUGAGUAAAUCAUAUUGUGUUCCUACGCUUUGUGUGUUACUCACUGACCAGAACUUCAGAUUUGGAGUGUGAUAAACUAUUUACAAGUUGAAAAUGGGUAAAGAUUACUACAACAUUCUUGGUAUCAGCAAAAAUGCUUCUGAAGAUGAAAUUAAAAAGGCUUACCGUAAACUAGCCUUAAAGUAUCAUCCAGACAAGAAUAAGUCUAAGGAGGCAGAAGAGAAGUUUAAAGCAGUUGCUGAGGCUUAUGAGGUUCUGUCUGAUAAGAAGAAGAGGGAGAUAUAUGACCAGUAUGGUGAAGAAGGUUUGAAGGGUGGAAUACCAGGAGGUGGUGGUGGAGGAGGAGGUGGUGGUGUAUAUGGUGGUAGUGGGCAACAGUUCUCCUACACUUUUCAUGGUGACCCUAGAGCUACCUUUUCUGAAUUCUUUGGAACAGAUAACCCAUUUGAAAGCUUCUUUAAUAUGGGUGGUUUAGGACAGAGUGGCGGACAAGGAAUGUAUUUUAUGCAAGACAACAUGGAUACCGAUGAUCCAUUUGUGAACCUUGGAGGUGGAAGGGGAAAUGCCUUUAGGUCACAGAGUUUUUCAGCCAGUAGUCCCCACAUGGGCAGAGCAAAGACUCAAAAGCAGGAUCCCCCAGUUGAGUACGAUUUGUACGUGUCCCUUGAAGAGGUCAUGCGAGGGUGCACAAAGAAAAUGAAAAUUAGUCGUAAAGUGAUGAAUCUGGAUGGAAGAAGCACGCAUCGUGAAGAAAAGGUGCUAACGAUCAAUGUAAAACCUGGUUGGAAAGCGGGUACAAAGAUAACAUUCCAGAAGGAAGGUGAUCAGAUGCCGGGAGCCAUCCCUGCUGACAUCGUCUUCAUCAUCAGGGACAAGCCUCACUCGGUCUUCAAGAGAGAUGGUAGCGAUCUCAAGUACACAGCAAAUAUAACACUAAGAGAAGCAAUGUGUGGAACAAAGAUUCAAGUCCCAACUUUAAAAGGAGAUAAGAUUUCUCUUCGACUAGAAGGAGUCAUCAAGCCACAGUCUAUCCAAAGAGUUCAGGGUCAGGGGCUUCCUUAUCCUAAAGAACCAUCAAGACGAGGUGACUUGGUUAUCAAUUUCAACAUUAGAUUCCCUGAUAACCUCACAGAAAGCACCAAACAAAUAUUGUGGGACUGUUUACCGUAGUCUUGUAGUAGUCACAGUUUUCUUGCUUUAUUGAACUGCUUUUGAUGUCUCUCUUUUCCACUUUAGAACUUUUUAAAAAUCUUUGAAUGUAAAUCCAAUUGUAAUGGUGAAAAACUAAGAGGCACUUUAUCAAGAUUUAAUGAUUUAAAUAUUUUGAGAGAGAUAGUGGCUGAUGGAAAAGACCAUGAAGUAAGAUGGUUAGUGGUUGUUUUGUAUAAAAAUAACAACAACAAAGGUUUAGCCUCCUUCUUUAAGGGAAGUGGCUUGUUGAAAUUUUGGUAUGUGAACCAAUGUUAAACAGCUUGUGACAUUUGUAUGUAAAUAAGUUUUUAUGUACAUAUUGUAAUGUAACACUGUUUUGUACAUGUCCUGUAAAAAAUGUGAAUUUUGCUGUAUGAAUCUCUAAUGAUUCACCUAAAGUAUGGUUAGGAAAUAUAAAUUUUGUACAAA